AUGGUCUACCAGGAAGAUAAAGUCAUUGCGAUGAUCCCUAGGUCAGUGAUCUCCCUACACCCUCCAUGGACCACUGUUUUCCAGGGAGAGAAAGUGAAUCUGCUCUGCAAUGAAUUUAACCUCAAUGCAGCAGAGAAAACCAUCUGGUUCCAUUGGUACCUUGGGAAAGAAAUACAGAGAGAAACCACAGGAAAUACCCUCAAAGUUUAUGACUCUGGAGAGUACAGAUGUCAGACUCCAGGAUCACUCCCAAGUAACUAUGUGAAUUUGCACUUCUCUCCAGGCCUCUUCAUCCUUCAGGCCCCACAGGCUGUGUUUGAAGGUGACAUGAUGUCUCUGAGAUGCCAGAAGAGGAGGGGAAAGGAGAAGCUGACUGCUGUGCAGUACAUCUGGAAUAAGAAAGUAAUUUUUAGUUCUAACAAGAGUUUGGACCUUGUGAUACCACAAGCAAGUCUGAAUCACAGUGGUUCUUACCAAUGCAUAGGGACACUGGAUAAAACAUUAAAAUAUAGAUCAAAUAAAAACGUCAUUCACAUUAAAGAGCUUUUUCCACGACCACAGUUGAAAGCCACAAACCCCCAGCCUAUGGAGGGGAGUUCUGUGACACUGAGCUGUGAAACACAGCUUCCUCGGGAGCGCCAAGGGACUCCACUUCACUUUAUCUUCUUCAGAGAUGAUAGGGUCAUCCUAUCAAAUUGGAGCAGGUCCCCAGAGUUUCAGAUCACAGGCAUCUGGAGAGAAGAUUCUGGGGUGUACUGGUGCAUUGCAGCAAUGGAGACCGGAAGUGUCCGCAAGCACAGCCUCCCACUGCAGAUGCAUGUACAGAGGGUCCCGGUAUCUGGCGUGGUUCUGCAGAUCCAGCCCCCAGGGGGUCAGGCGUUGGAAGGGCAGCCACUGGUUCUUGUCUGCUCAGUGGUGGAAGGCACAGGGUGCACCACCUUCUCCUGGCACAGAGCAGGCAUCCACCAGAUUCUGGGGAGGAAGAGUGAGCGCUCCCAGAGGGCAGAGCUGGAGAUCCCCAUUGUAGGGGAGAGUCACACUGGAGGUUACUACUGCACAACAGACAAUGGCCAGGGCCCAAUCCAGAGCAAGGUCCUGAACAUCACUGUGAGGGGUACUCCAUGGAAAGGUGGCUUUAUUCCUGCAGGCACCUCACUGGGGCUACUCAUUUUCCUUCUCCUAGCCCUAGCUUUGCUGUUUUACUGCUGGCAUCAGAGAAAGUCAGGAAAUGGUUUUCUGGGGGAAAUAAGCAGGAUCCCCCCCUCACCAGUCUAUGAAGAACCCCCUCAUCAUGUGUGUCUUGACCCAGUAGGACUGAAGUUGUUAUAUGGCAAUGUGAACCCCAAUGGGGAAGACCUGGCAUAUUCUGAGGUCCAAAUUGUUCAACUGAGAGAUGAAAGAGAAGGUCGAUCUACACCUCCAGAAGAGGCGUGUUUUACCUCCACAGUUGUUAACUUUGGAACAUCUCUAGAGGACUUGCAUCCCUCAGUUGUAUACUCUGAGGUGAAGACACAACCUCCAGAUGGUUCAUCAGGAAAGUCUUUUGUCCUAGAGCUGUUUCCACCUCCUGUGGUGACAAUCAGUCCCGCCCAGCCCACUGAGGGGAGUCCAAUGAUUCUGAGAUGUGAGACCAGUCUCCCUCCAUGGAAGUCACAUGUUCAACUUUUGUUCUGCUUCUUCAAAAACAAAUGGAACAUGAAGUCAGAAUGGAGCAGUUCUCCAGAAAUCCAGAUUAUUGCUGUGUGGAGCAAAUCCCCAUUAUAUUACUGGUGUGAGGCCCACAGAGAAGCCUUCAGCAUCUCGAAGAUGAGCCAGAAGUAUUACAUACAGGUGCAGAGAAUUUUUGCCACCGUCGAAAUUAAUACCCGCCUGGACUUAAAGCUUGUGUCUGAAGGGCAGUCUUCAUCUGUGCAGUCAGUGGAGGCCCAGAGCCUAUCAACAACUACUGUCCCUGUAUCCAUUUCUGUCUUCACCUUGAGAACUCCUGGGGCCCAGACACUUGAGGGAAGUGUGGUGACCCUGGACUGCCAAGUUCAGAAAGGCUCUCUUCCCAUCCACUACCAAUUUUUUCAGGAAGGUAUACUUCUUAAGAACCUAGAAGUCUCUUGGUCGAGAAUAAGCACCUUCAGCUUUCCUGUGACUGCAGAGCACUCAGGGAGCUAUUACUGUUCAGCUGACAAUGGCUUGGGGUCGCAGCUCAGCAAGGCCUGGCAUCUCUCUAUCACAGUCCCUGUGACCACUCCGAUUCUCAUGGUGAGAACUCCUCGGACCCAGACUCUCGAGGGAGAUGUGGUGACCCUCAACUGCCAAACUCAGAGAGGCUUGCCUCCCAUUCACUACCAUUUUUAUCAUGAAGGUGUAACCCUGUGGAGCACCUCAAUUCUUUCCGGAGAAGGAGCUACCUUCACUUUCUCUCUGACCACAGAACAUUCUGGGAACUACUACUGCACAGCCAACAAUGGUUUUGGUAUCCAGCACAGUGAAACUGUGAGCCUGUCAGUUGCUGUUCCAGUGUCCCAGCCUGCCCUCACUUUCAGGGCUCCAGGAUCCCAGGAUGUGGUGGGGGACAGAGUAGAGCUUCACUGUGAGGCCCAGAGAGGCUCUCCCCCCAUCCUGUACUGGUUUUACCAUGAGAAUGUCACCCUAGGGAGCAGCUCAGCACCCUCUGGAGGAGGAGUGUCCAUCAAAGUCUCUCUGACUGCAGAACAUUCUGGAAACUAUUCCUGCAAGGCUGAAAAUAGUGUGGGAACACAACACAGUGACAGGAUAAUCCUCAGUGUCACAGGUGAUGUAAUAUACACAGAAAUCUGCAAGGGUCCAGUGAAAAAUAAGCAUGCAGUUACUUUAGGUCCAGAUUGGAGCCCAGGUUCCCUGUCCUUCAUCUCUACUGACCCUGAACUGUACACAGGUUCUACUGUGGCUAUAGACCAGCAAGCUGACCUUGGUGUUGGGUACACUGAUCUCAGCUUCUGGGGAAUCAUCCCAUUGUAA